ACCUGGGAGACCCGCUACAUGUUGCUGCUGUGGCUGUCCAUGACCUGUCUGAUACCCUUUGACCUCUCCCGUCUUGACGGUCACCUGAACUCUGACCCCAGCCAGACAAGAGAGCCAAUCAUGGACCGCAUCCUGGCUGUCGCCAAGUCUUACCUGAUGGUCACUGAUAAGUCCAGGGAUGCUGCAUCUGUGUUGGUAUCAAAGUUUGUAACACGUCCUGAUGUGAAGCUGAAGCGACUAGGAGACUUCCUGGACUGGAGUCUGACCACCAUCUCUCAGGCCAGUGACCAGACCAUGGGAGGUACUGUAAUCCUGGACGGGGCCCUGCAGUCUCUGGCCCAGCUAUUCAAGCAUGGCAAGAGAGAUGACUUUCUCCAGUACGCUCCGGUGGUGCUGCAGUGUCUGGACCAGUGUCACGUGGCAGAGAGCAGCCAGGCUAUGCUGAGGAAGCUGGCGGUCAAGCUGGUACAGAGACUGGGUCUGACCUUCCUCAAGCCCCGACUGGCCAAGUGGAGGUACCAGAGAGGGAGUCGCUCCCUGGCAGCCAACCUGUCUCUGUCCCAGUCUGGCUCCACAGUCGAGGCUGUUAGUCCAGACAUGGAGACCCAGAGCCAGGAGGAGGACUAUGAUAUCCCAGAGGAGGUGGAGAACGUCAUCGAGCAACUGUUGGGUGGGCUGAAGGACAAGGAGACCAUCGUGCGCUGGUCUGCUGCUAAGGGUAUUGGGCGGGUGACGGGGCGACUCCCCAGGGAGCUGGCUGACGAGGUGGUUGGAUCCGUGUUGGACUGCUUCAGUUUCCAGGAGACAGACAACGCGUGGCAUGGAGGCUGCUUGGCCCUGGCAGAGCUGGGGAGAAGAGGCCUGCUGGUGCCCUCUCGUCUCCCGGACGUGGUGCCUCUGAUCCUGAAGGCCUUGGUCUAUGAUGAAAAGAGAGGAGCGUGUAGCGUUGGUUCUAACGUACGAGAUGCGGCCUGCUACGUCUGCUGGGCCUUUGCCAGGGCCUACGAACCCACUGAGCUGAAGCCCUUCGUCACGCAGAUCGCAUGUGCUCUGGUGAUCACUGCUGUGUUCGACCGAAACGUCAACUGUCGUAGAGCUGCAUCAGCUGCCUUCCAGGAGAAUGUGGGAAGACAGGGCACGUUCCCCUACGGUAUCGACAUCGUAGUAGCAGCGGACUACUUUGCUGUUGGGAACCUGAACAACUGUUACCUGUCCAUCAGUGUUUACAUCGCCAGUUUCCCAGAAUACACCAGGCCCAUGAUCGACCACUUGGUAGCCAUGAAGAUCAACCACUGGGACAGGGUGAUUCGACAGCUGGCGACAAAGGCUUUGCACAAUCUGACGCCUCAAGCACCUGAUUAUAUGGCCACAACAGUUAUGCCUCAGCUGCUGCCCAUAGCGCUGGGCAUUGAUCUCCACAGUCGCCACGGCGCCAUUCUGGCAUCUGCCGAGAUCAGCCACGCCCUCUACAAGCUGGCCAAUCAGAACAACAGACCGGUGACAGAGCUCAUCUCUUCAGACUGUGUGGAUGGACUCAAGAGUAUUCACCAGAGGCUAUUUGACCGAAAGCAGUACAGGGGUUUUGGUGGUGAGCUGAUGAGGCCUGCAGUCUGUUCUCUCAUUGUUGUUGUGUCCUGUCUGUGUAGGGGUUUUGGUGGUGAGCUGAUGAGGCCUGCAGAGGCUGCAGUGUCAGCCCUGGCAGCUCUGUGUGAACAGUACUACCAGCCCCAGCCAGGCGUGGCUGACCCCCAAAUGCAGG